AUGAAGGUUCUGUUGCUGAAGGAUCCCAAAGACAAGGAUUCAGGACCAGAUCCGUAUAUUAAAGAAUUAGGAUUAUACGGAUUUGAAGCAACUUCGAUACCAGUUUUGUCAUUUGAAUUCAUAUCUCUUGAAAGCUUAUUUGAAAAGCUCUCUCAUCCAGAAUGUUAUGGAGGCCUGGUUUUUACCAGUCCAAGAGCAUUAGAAGCCAUCAAGAUAUGUUUAAAAGAGAAUAGUAAAAAUGAAGCCUGGUCAAAAUCUCUUAAACAAAGAUGGAAUACCAAACCAGCAUACGUGGUAGGAAAAGCUACAGCUUCUCUAGUGGAAGAAAUUGGCCUUAGUCCACAAGGAGAAAAGUCUGGAAAUGCUGAAAAAUUAGCUGAAUAUAUUUGCUCAAGAGAGAAACCUAAUUCCUCAGCUCUUCUUUUUCCUUGUGGAGCCCUGAAAAGAGAAGUACUUCCUACAGUACUUAGAGAAAAAGGUAUACCUGUGGAAAGCCUUACUGUUUAUCAAACAGCCCAACACACUGACCUUCAAGAGUCAUUGAGCAGUUACUUCUCACAACAGGGAAUUCCAGCAAGCAUCGUGUUCUUCAGUCCAUCUGGCAUCAAAUUUUGCCUCCAGCACAUUCAGAAGCUUUCGGGGGAUUUUAUUAACCAUGUCAAGUUUGCUGCUAUCGGUCCAACAACUGCUGAAGCCAUGGAAGACGCAGGAAUCCCAGUUAGCUGUACUGCAGAGAGUCCGACUCCCCAAGACCUCGCUGCUGGGAUCCAAAAAGCACUUCACGUACAGAACUGCCGUUUAUCUAAAUAG